CGCCCCAUCUGACCGCCGGCCCUGCCGGCUGCUCCUGUCCGCCUCGGCUGCCGCAGCACCGAGGCGCCCCGCGGCCUAACGGGGAGGUGAGGCCGCCCAGGGGGGUGGGGGGGUGCGCCUGGAGGACCCCCCUGCGCUCCCCAUGGGCUUCUGCCGGGGUCGUUGGAGCCGGGGCGAGCAGGCCUUGAGCUCUCCAUGCGGGUCCUUGGUACUUGUCAGGCGGCGGCGGGGCGCCCGCCGCUCCUCACCGCCCUCCGGGGCCGUCUCCCCUCGCACUGACCCUUGUGAACUCGCUCGUCCCCUCCCAGCCCAGCGGGAGCGCCGCGGUGAGCCCCGCUUCGAGCACGCCCGGCCCUGUCGGGUUGCACUGGCCGAGGAAGGAGGGAGCUCCGAGCCUUCCCCCGCGCAGGCAGCAGGGUGUUGGGAGCAGCGGUGACCGGCAGUGUUUGACUGGAGAAGCCUUGGCAGGCUGAAGAGAGCAUCGAUCAGAAUUGUGUACGUUUGGUAUUGAUCCAAGACAAGUAGUUUCAGUGUCAACAGAGCACUUAUGGCUCUUUCAGUUCUCUGUGAUUGCACUUUGAAUUGACACAAGGUGUAGGCCAACACUACUUGCCCAGUAGUGUUUCUGCAAUAAAAAUCCACGUUUCCCCAGUAACAUUCAGUUCAACGUUUGUGGUGUGCUGCUUUUACUGUAAUUCCUGAAUAUCUGUUUGCUUGGGUGGGCGGGGAAAGGACUUUUGGAUUCUGAUUAUAUUCCUCUAACUUCUUGCUGCACGUUUUAUUUUCUUGCUUCAGGAGCUGACUUGAGCAAGUUCCUGGAAAGUUCACACUUUUUAAAAAAGAGGAAUAGAACAGGAAAAAAUGGCAGCAGAAACUCAGACACUUAACUUUGGGCCUGAAUGGCUGCGAGCUUUGUCUAGUGGCGGGAGUGUGACAUCCCCUCCUCUGUCUCCGGCUUUGCCGAAGUACAAACUAGCAGACUAUCGCUAUGGGAGAGAAGAAAUGUUGGCACUUUUUCUAAAGGAUAAUAAGAUACCUUCAGACCUUUUGGAUAAGGAAUUUUUGCCUAUUUUACAAGAGGAGCCCCUGCCACCACUGGCACUUGUACCUUUUACAGAAGAAGAACAGAGAAAUUUCUCGAUGUCUGUAAACAGUGCUGCUGUCCUGCGGUUGACGGGACGUGGAGGAGGAACGGUGGUAGGGGCUCCUCGAGGUCGAAGUUCCUCUAGAGGUCGAGGCAGAGGCCGAGGAGAAAGCGGUUUCUACCAAAGAAGUUUUGAUGAAGUGGAGGGUGGAUUUGGGCGAGGAGGGGGCAGGGAAAUGCACAGAUCACAGAGUUGGGAGGAAAGGGGAGACAGACGCUUUGAAAAACCAGGGCGAAAAGAUCCAGUGAGACCAAACUUUGAGGAAGGUGGGACAGUGACCGCGGGGAGGAAACACGAAUUUAUACGCUCUGAGAGCGAGAACUGGCGCAUCUUCAGGGAGGAGCAGAAUGGGGAAGAUGAGGAUGGAGGCUGGCGACUGGCUGGGUCACGGAGGGAUGGGGAGAGGUGGCGUCCUCACAGUCCAGACGGCCCUCAUUCCGCAGGCUGGCGGGAGCACAUGGAGCGACGGCGGAGAUUCGAGUUUGAUUUCCGGGACCGAGAUGACGAGCGGGGCUAUCGCCGCGUGCGCUGCGGCAGCGGCAGCAUGGACGACGACAGGGACAGUCUCCCUGAGUGGUGCUUGGAGGAUGCAGAGGAAGAAAUGGGCACGUUUGACUCCUCUGGAGCGUUUCACUCUUUAAAGAAAGUGCAGAAGGAGCCAAUACCAGAGGAACAGGAGAUGGACUUCCGGCCUGUGGAGGAAGGGGAGGAAAGGUCUGAUUCUGAAGGGAGCCACAAUGAAGAAGCCAAAGAUCAUGAAAAGACCAAGAAGGAGGGAGAGAAAACAGAAAGAAUAGUGGCAGCAGUGGAAGAAGCAGCUCAGGCAUCAUCUCCAGCUGCCAGGUCAGACACCCCACCAAAAUCCCAGCCUUCAGACCCGCUGCAGACAAACCUUUUUGAGAGGAAGGAAGAUUCUGUGCCAGAAAGAACAGAAAAAACAGAAGAUAAAGAGAAUCAAGUGGAGAAUACACUGUCAGCCAAAAUGUCCAACAGAGGGGAAGAUUUGGCUUCUCUUGCUCAACCUUUGCCACAGAUUUCUGCAGACACAGCUGCUUCUGCUCAUCUUUCUCCUCCUGUUUCCAAUUCAAAUCCUGCUCUGCGGCCAGUUCAAACACCUGUCACAGCUGCUCCAGGCAUGGGCAACAUUCCCACUGAUCCAGAUGAUGAAGAGGGCCUCAAACACCUAGAGCAGCAAGCAGAAAAAAUGGUGGCAUAUCUGCAGGACAGUGCCCUUGAUGAUGAAAGACUAGCAGCAAAAAUCCAAGAGCACAGAGCAAAGGGUUCCUCUAUGCCCCUGUUUCAUGAAGCCAUGCAGAAGUGGUACUACAAAGAUCCACAAGGAGAAAUUCAGGGUCCGUUCAGUAAUCAGGAGAUGGCAGAGUGGUUCCAGGCUGGAUACUUCACAAUGUCACUGUUGGUGAAGAGAGCCUGUGAUGAGACUUUCCAGCCACUUGGAGACAUCAUGAAAAUGUGGGGCAGGGUUCCCUUCACUCCAGGCCCAGCACCGCUUCCGCAUCUGGGCGAGCUGGACCAAGAGCGACUGACUAGACAACAGGAGUUGGCUCUAAUCCAAAUGCAGCACCUGCAGUAUCAGCAUCUUUUAAUACAACAACAGUAUGCACAGAUGCUGGCUCAGCAGCAGAAGGCAGCCCUCUCAUCCCAGCAGCAGCAGCAGCUUGCUAUUCUCCUUCAACAGUUCCAGGCCCUGAAGAUGAGAAUAUCUGAACAGAACAUGAUGCCGCCUGUUACAAGGUCUGUGUCAGUGCCGGACACUGGCUCAAUAUGGGAACUUCAGUCAGCUUCACAGCCUACAGUCUGGGAAGGAAGCAGUGUCUGGGAUCUGCCCAUUGAUACUGCAGCUCAGGGACCAGCUCUAGAACAACUUCAGCAGCUCGAGAAGGCCAAGGCUGCAAAGCUAGAGCAAGAGAGGAGAGAAGUGGAAAUGAGGGCCAAACGAGAGGAAGAGGAGAGGAAAAGGCAGGAGGAACUUCGGAGGCAACAAGAAGAGCUACUUAGGAGGCAGCAGGAAGAUGAGAGGAAACGACGGGAAGAAGAAGAACUGGCCCGCAGGAAGCAAGAGAUGACAGUGAGAGCUGAGAGGGGUGAAGCAGUAGACUUAAUCUGCCUGGACUUCAGGAAGGCUUUUGAUGUAAUACUGCAUAAAAGACUAGUAUAUAAGGAGGAGGCCCUCAGGCGACAACGAGAGCAGGAAAUUGCACUAAGGCGGCAGCGGGAGGAAGAGGAGAGGCAACAACAGGAGGAAGCACUUAGGAGAUUGGAGGAGAGAAGAAGAGAGGAGGAGGAAAGACGUCAGCGAGAGGAGUUAAUUCGUAAACAGGAAGAGGAGGCUGCCAAAUGGGCACGUGAAGAGGAGGAAGCUCAGCGGCGGCUGGAGGAGAGCCGGCUGCGCAUGGAGGAGGAGGCGGCCCGGCAGCGGCUGGAGGAGGAGGAGCGGAAGCGCAAGGAGCUGGAACUCCAGCGCCAGAAGGAGAUCAUGAGGCAGAGGCAGCAGCAGCAGGAGGCUUUACGGCGGCUGCAGCAGCAGCAGCAACAGCAGCAACUUGCACAAAUGAAGCUCCCUUCAUCUUCAACAUGGGGUCAGCAAUCAAAUUCAGGAGCUUGUCAAUCCCAGACCACACUGUCAUUGGCCGAAAUCCAAAAGUUAGAAGAAGAACGAGAACGGCAGCUCCGAGAAGAGCAAAGGCGUCAGCAGCGUGAACUAAUGAAGGCCCUCCAGCAACAACAGCAGCAACAGCAGCAAAAAUUGUCAGGCUGGGGUAAUGUCACCAAACCAACAGGCACCACUAAGUCCCUGCUGGAGAUACAGCAGGAAGAGGCAAGGCAGAUGCAGAAACAGCAGCAACAGCAGCACCAGCAGCCGAACAGAGUCAGAAAUACCACGCACUCUAACCUGCACACCAGCAUUGGGAAUUCAGUGUGGGGCUCUCUAAACACGAAUCCCAGCAACCAGUGGGCAUCUGACCUAGUCAGUAGCAUCUGGAGUAACGCCGAUACCAAAAACUCAAACAUGGGUUUCUGGGAUGAUGCAGUGAAGGAAGUGGGACCUCGUAACUCGACCAAUAAAAACAAAAGCAAUGCCAGCCUCAGUAAAUCUGUAGGUAUUACAAGUAGACAAAACAAGAAGGUAGAAGAAGAGGAGAAGCUGUUGAAAUUGUUCCAGGGGGUUAAUAAAGCCCAGGAUGGAUUCACUCAGUGGUGUGAACAGAUGCUUCAUGCACUCAACACAGCCAACAACUUAGAUGUUCCCACAUUUGUUUCUUUCCUGAAGGAAGUGGAGUCUCCCUAUGAGGUCCAUGACUACAUCCGAGCCUACCUUGGAGAUACUCCUGAGGCCAAGGAGUUUGCCAAGCAGUUCCUCGAGCGCCGUGCCAAACAGAAAGCCAGUCAGCAGCGGCAACAGCAGCAACAGCAGGAUUCAGUGUGGGGGAUGAACCACAGUUCGCUACAUUCAGUCUUUCAGACCAAUCAGAGCAACAACCAGCAGUCCAACUUUGAGGCUGUGCAGAGCGGGAAGAAAAAGAAGAAACAGAAAAUGGUUCGAGCAGAUCCCAGCUUGUUAGGGUUUUCAGUGAAUGCUUCAUCAGAGCGGCUCAAUAUGGGAGAAAUAGAGACUUUGGAAGACUACUGAGCAUGUGCAAAUCAACUGGCUUUUCCUGCAUCUGUUAACCAUGGAUUCUCUGUUUGGACACCGUACUCUCCACCUUGUGUUGUUCUUUGCCUCGCAGUGAAUCACAGGAUCAAUCAUCUCAGGCUGCUUCCUCUGGCCCCAGCAAACCCUUUCUGCCCAGGACUGCACAGGCAUUGUUCCUACUGUCAGCCCACUCAAGUGGACUUUGUUCAGAGUCCCGGGAGGGUGGGAGUUAGGCUUUGUUCACAACAAGGCUGAAUUGGGCAGCAAGCUUUCACUGUGCUGUGAUUCAUUCUGCUGACAUACCUGGAAAAAAAAAUCAAUUGGGAUUCUGCAAA